UGAUUUUGCGUGAAAAGAUGAUUACGAUUAACAAAUAUUGCUGAUAAAGUUGAUACGAAUUUUCUUCAGUAGUUGCUUCAUGCCUACCGUAGGAAACGAUUUUUGGUAAAAGAAAGUGAAUAUGAGUGAUUUCAAUAAAUUAAUAAAACAGGGGGCUCUGCAGGUGACUGCUGGGGGAUCUGCAGGAUUUGUGGAAGUUUGUAUCAUGCAUCCCCUCGAUCUUGUAAAAACACGAUUACAAAUACAAAGUAAAACAGCAGUAACAAAUGCCCAAGACCCCCGUUAUUACUCUGGAGUAUUUGACUGUUUUGUAAAAAUGUAUAGGCAUGAAGGAUUAACAUCCUUUUGGAAAGGAAUUUUACCUCCUAUUUUAGCUGAAACUCCUAAAAGGGCAGUGAAGUUCCUUACUUUUGAGCAAUAUAAAAAAUUGUUUAUGUUUGGCUCCGAUACUCCGACGCCUUUGACAUUUUCGUUAGCCGGUCUGGGUGCAGGUGUAACUGAAGCAAUUCUGGUAAAUCCAUUUGAAGUUGUCAAAGUCAAUUUACAAUCAAAUAGAGCUGUUGGUAAAGAAUUACCCAGCACGUGGUUUGUUACCAAAAAAAUAGUAAAAGAAAAGGGGAUUGGAUUCCAGGGUCUAAAUAAGGGUGUGACCGCGACAAUAGCUCGCAAUGGUGUCUUUAAUAUGAUCUAUUUUGGGUUUUACCAUUCUGUCAAAGACAUUUUACCGGAAUAUGAGGACCCAGUGAAGGAAUUCUUUAGGAAAAUAGGAAUAGGUUUUGUUUCAGGAACUUUAGCUUCGUGUAUUAACAUACCAUUCGAUGUGGCAAAGUCUCGAAUUCAAGGGCCGCAGCCUAUAUUAGGAACCAUAAAGUACAAAUCUACUCUCCGAUCUAUUAUCAUUGUUUAUAACGAAGAAGGAGUUCGCGCCCUCUACAAAGGGCUUCUGCCAAAAGUAAUGAGACUGGGACCUGGCGGUGCCAUAAUGUUUGUUGUUUAUGAUUACACGUACCAUUUUCUUGUAGAAAAAUUUCCUUUAGAUUAGACGUUUCUUUAUUACCUAGUUGAUCAGUAGUUGUUUUAUUUUUAAAGUUUAAUUAUUAGUGCAGCUAAUAGUACCAACUAUUUUCGUUUCAUUUUCUUUUUGUUUUUACAUGCUGUGGUGAGAUCUAAGAAGAAAGAAAUACUAUUACAUAUAAACUUUUAACUAAUAAUAAAUAAUCAAAUAAUAUUUUGACGUUUAGGUGCCAUUUAGUGUCAUUAUUUUAUUUUUGUAUUUUUUCGGAACGAAAAUUCAGAGAAUACCUUUAAAGGUACCUUUUAUUAACAUUCUAAUAAAGGUACCAUAUCGUUUAUGUUACAUUAAUGCUUGUAGGUGGCUAUUAAAAUGUAAUAAGUAUUUAAAAGGGGACCUAAAAUGGCUCCCGCUUUAUUGUUAACAAAGUAUUUUCUUGUACUUAUUUAUUGUGAAAACUUACAAAAAAUCAGACAAAUAUAAAAAUUUGUUCAUUUAUAAGACUGUCAGAAACUUUAUGGUAUAUUUUUAUUUAUGAUAAAACUCACAUCACACAAGACAAAUUUUUAUUAACAGUAAAAAUGUAUUUUUAUUGAACUUUUAUGAUAAUAAGUCUUCAAUAUGUUUACACUUAUGCAAAUAAAUAUGUAAAUUAUGUUACGAAAUAAAUGUUUUGCUAUUA